AUGCGAGCACUGCGCUUCAAUCAGGAUGCCACUUGUUGCUCAGUAUCAAUGACUCCCGGGUCGCUGUGCAUCUACAAUUGUGAUCCUUUUGGCAAAUGUUUCGAGCUAGAGAGUGGAAGCCGGACCAGCAGCAGAGACGAGUUAGCCAGCUUCCAAAACGGACCAGAACCAGAUUUCAUUGUGGAAAUGCUCUUUUCCACUAGUCUGAUAGUAGUUGUGGACAAGAGCCAGGGCUCUCAAAAAAGUCGGAAGUUGAAGAUCGUCAAUACUAAACGCAAAUCCACAAUAUGUGAGCUGACUUUCUCGCACGAAAUAGAGGACGUGGUGAUGAAUCGGAAACGCAUGUGUGUACUGCUGGCGAGCGACCAGAUUUUCAUCUACGACAUCUCGUGCAUGAAGCUUCUGCAGACCAUCGACGUGCUGGCUGGCAAGCUAGACCUGCGAAAUCCCAACGCAAGGUCUUCUACUGCUAAUGGCUCAACAUCUACUUCAAACAUACGAAUGGCCCUGAGCAGUGAUAAUAGUAGCAUACUGUGCUACAGCACGUUCUCACGGUCUUCAAAGGAAAGCGGUGUUUUCAACGACAUUGUGGUUUUCGACGCUUUGAACGUCACCCCCAUCAACUAUCUGAAAUCUGUGCAUAAAAGCAGCGUGAGCUGCUUGGCCACUACCCACAACGGCAAACUGGUGGCAUCGGCGUCAGAACGGGGUACCAUCGUAAGGGUCUUCCAGACAGGAGCAGACGCAGAAUUUGAUGGCAACGAUCAACUGUUUCGCGAGUUCCGUCGCGGCACAAGACCCACUACCAUCUAUGAAAUGAAGUUCAACCUGGGAGCUACCCUCCUGGGGUGUGUUGGAGAUACAGAUACCAUACAUGUGUUCAAACUGUCGCAGAGCGUGGAGUUGGAGACCUCCAUAAGCUCUGGAAGCCGCGAUACGUGGCUGGAGUCUCGACUAGCAAGAGACUCUCCCCGACAACUGGCAAGCUUCCUCUCCAAACAGGUAAUCUCUCGGAUUCCAAGUCAGACUAUGGCUCGAGAUUUCGCCUUUAUGAAAGUAGCAGACGAUGUGAGACAUUGUAUUGGAUUUCCGGAAGAGUUUCCAAAUCAGGUUUACCUAGCAGGCGGCGACGGAAUUCUGCAAAUCUACGAAUUGCCUACGGAGCAUGGGGAAUGCAUAUUGUUGAAGAAUAGUAAAUUUUAG